AUGAAUAGCUCCAAAUUCCAGGCUGACUGGAUCGUCUUGAACAUGAAGCGAACCAUAGCAGCUACCAAAUCGGCAGCAUUUUGUAGGUUGUACUUGUCCGAGUCAAGCUCUUCCUGGCCGGAUGUGUAUUUUCUUCGAAGAAUCGGCUGGUCAAGCGGAUGGAUGUUUUUUGUGGCAGGCUUACGAGGUGUCAUGUCCACCUCGAACGCUAUGUCUCUGAUUUCUCGGAGCUUGUCUGGGUUUUUCUCGGGUGCAGGGGGUAUAGUCGGAACGAUGAACUCUCCAGGCGAUGACCUGGUCCUCACUUUGAAAAACCUCUUUGGUGCGGACACAUUUGUUGCAGCCGUUUCCGUGGAAGUAGUGGAGAAUAUAGUUGACUGGUCAGACUUUGUAGUAUCAUUGGUGCCCGUUCUGGAAAGAAGAGGGAAAGAAGAUACGGUUGUGGGGUUUCUGCGGAACUUUGAUAAAAACGUGUUGUGA